AUGAUGGGUGACGACGUCAGCUUACAUUUCAAAUGCAAAGGUAUCUUGUACAGUUUAUUGGUGAAGACAUCAACGAACGAGAUAACACUAUUGAUGGUAAAAGCUUUGAUAUGCAAGAAGUUUGGGUGGGAUGAAAAAAUGGUGGAAUUGAAAUUGAGAUACAUUCCCCUGAUUGUGAGAUGCGACGAAUACACGACCGUAGCUUCUGAUGACGAUCUCAGGUGCUAUCUAAGUUCAGUUGAUCCCCAAGGCUGUAGAUGUAUGUUGCAUGUAGAGGUCACGGCUUCCUCAACACAGCCCACAGCGCAAGUAUCUAGAGCAGAGAAGGAAAGUUCUGUUGGUGUGAACUAUAAUGAUGAUGAAAUUGGAGGUAAUGCCGUGGCUCUAUAUGUAGGCAACAACGUCGAAGCAGAACAAGAAGAGGAGGCAGAACAAGAAGAGGAGGAGAAUGCAGAGCAUGAAGAGGAAGGAGAAAAAGAAGCUCAGGAGAUGGAUGAGGAUGAUGUUACAGGCGAAUAUAGGCACAACGAAUAUGAUGAACCACCUGUUGUACUAGCUAGUCAGUAUACAGAGCCAUGGGAAGAUGGUUUGAAUGUCAGAUUACUUCAAGAGUUUCCAAAUAAGAAGGCAGUGCAGAGAAUGGUGGAUAAAGCUGCAUUUGAGAACUCUUUUGGUUUUGUGCUAGUGAAAUCAGAUAAGGAACGAUAUGUGGUGAAAUGUCAAGAUAAAAGGUGUGAGUGGAAAUUACGAGCUGCAAAGGUACUAAAUACACGGUUUUGUUUCUCAAUUAGAACGCACCACAAGAUGCAUACAUGCUCCCGGGCUAGUCAGAGUACAGUAAAGAAGAGGAAAGGCACUCCAGAUUUAGUUGCAUGUUUAUUGCAUGGAGAUUAUCCAGGAUCAAUGGAGACACCAAAUCCUGGAACUAUCCAGAAGCUUGUUCAGACCAGAUUUGGUGUGAAGAUAUCCUACUCCACGGCGUUGAGAGGGAAAAAUCGUCAUGCUUAUGAUCUGCGUGGUGAUCCAGGAGAGAGCUACAAGAAAUUGUAUUGUUAUUUGCAUAUGCUAGAGAAGGUGAACGAAGGUACAAAGACAAGUGUGAAAUUGGAUGAAGCCGGAAAAUUCAUGUACCUAUUCAUUGCUUUGGGAGCUACCAUUGAAGGGUUUCAAUGUAUGAGGAAGGUGAUAACUGUGGAUGCAACGCAUCUGAAGAAUGGGUAUCGUGGUGUGCUAGUCUUUGCUUCAGCUCAAGAUCCUAAUAGGCACAACUAUCCCCUGGCGUUUGGUGUACUUGAUAGUGAGAACAAUGAUAGCUGGAAUUGGUUUUUCGAGUUGCUGAAAUCUGUUAUACCAGACUCGUCCGAAUUGGUGUUUAUGACUGACAGAAAUGAGAGCCUCAUCAAUGCCGUAGCUUAUGUGUAUCCAAGGGCUCAUCAUGGGUAUUGUGUAUGGCAUUUGUCUCAAAAUGUGAAGGAUCAUGCCUUUAAUGUCAACAAAGGCGUGGUUUCAUUUUAUUUCAGGGAGAUGAGCAGGCAUUACACGGUGGCUGCGUUUGAGGCGGCUUACAGUUCAUUUGAAGCGAGAUUUCCUUCUGCAGCUGCGUAUCUAGUAAAGACUACGAACAAUAGGAAGGAAACUUGGGCAAGGGUUCAUUUUCCGGGAGUAAGGUACAACCUAGACACAAGCAACUGUGUGGAGUCUUUAAACAGUACUUUUAGGCCUGCAAGGAGAUACGCCUUGAUACCCAUGCUUGAUGCGAUUAUUGCACAAAUUUCUAAAUGGUUUAAUGAACAUCGGAAGGAGGCCGCUGCUGGAUCAGAAGCGCAUAAGUUGGUACCUCUGGUGGAAAACCUAAUGCACGAUAUGUGGAAGGAGGCUGAGAAAUUACAUGCGACGGAGUUAAACAGUUUCGAGCUUCUUUAUGAUGUAGUAGCUAAGAAAUCCGACGGCACCGCUGACCCAGAGAGUAAGAAUUACAGUGUGGACUUAAUCAGGAAAAGUUGCAGUUGCAGGGUGUUUGAUUUUGAGAAGAUUCCUUGUGUCCACGCACUAGCCGCUUUCAUGGAAUUCAACACCAGCAAUGUAGAUAGUUCUCGAUAUCCUAUGCAAUUGAUUGAGCUGGUCUCACAUUAUUACUUGAUCGAGGUGUGGCAAUUGGCGUAUUGGAGGACGAUUUUUCUCGUGCCUCAUGAAUCGGAAUGGAAGGUCCCUGAAGACGUGAAGGCAAAGAAAAUCAUACCGUUGCAACCUAUCCCGAAAAAGGGAAGAAAGAGAACGAAGAGACUUUUUGGUCCCGGAGAAUACCGGCGUCCAAGGACAGCAAACAAAAGGCGGAAAAGACAAGGAAUCGUGUGGGGGGACCUAGAGAAAGGUUCUCAGCCAAGUCCAGAUCCGGAAGUUGUGUAA